CUUCCCCUGGGGUUACCGACAUGUGUGUGUUAACUGGUAACACUGCGCACGUCACCCGGGGCUUUUCCUUGCCAGGUUAAUUCUAGCUUCAGAAGUACUUUAGCUUUCAAGGCUGAUGCUAGCACACAUCGUCUAAUCGACUCGUGUGUGUGUGUGGGGUCGCCUGCUAUGUAUGCACUUUGAUCCCAAGUGACACGGUGACGAUCAGGUGCCUGUCAAAUUGCUACGAUCUCAGCUGAUUGGCAGUAAGAUGUUUGAGGGCCUGAACACUCAGUGUGUGUACGUCCUGGAUUAAACGUGGUUUGUUGAAAACUCUGUUCAAACCCAGAUUGUUUUAUACGACUGUUGGAUGGAAUUACUCUAUAAGAGUGUCCUGCUGAAGAAGGAGGUGCUCUUUAGGUGGCGACGGACAAAGUAGCCGGCAAGCUGAGUUCGACUCUUUCAUGGGUGAAGAACUCAGUGUCGCACACGGUCAGUCAGAUGGCUAGCCAGGUGGCCGCUCCGUCCUCGCUGCAUACGGUGGUGGGAUCGUCCACCGUCUCCCUGUCCUCGCCCGGCCUCUCUCCUUCAACUCCGUCCUCCAGCCAUCUUAGCCCGGAUGAAGUGGAACUACUCGCCAAGCUUGAGGAGCAGAACAGGUUGUUGGAGAUUGACAGUAAAUCCCUGCGUUCGGUGAAUGGCUCUCGCAGGAACAGCGGCUCCUCGCUGGUGUCCAGCUCCUCUGCCUCUUCCAACCUCUCGCACCUGGAGGAGGACUCCUGGAUCUUAUGGGGCCGCAUCGUCAACGAGUGGGAGGAGGUGCGCAAGAAAAAGGAGAAACAGCUCAAGGAUCUGGUCAGGAAGGGCAUCCCGCAUCACUUCCGGGCGAUAGUGUGGCAGCUUCUCUGUAGUGCCCAGAAUCUGCCCAUAAAGGACCAGUACUCAGAACUGCUGAAGAUGACGUCACCCUGCGAGAAGCUGAUCCGCAGAGACAUCGCCCGCACAUACCCCGAGCACGAGUUCUUCAAGGAGAAGGACAGCCUGGGCCAGGAGGUGCUCUUCAACGUCAUGAAGGCCUACUCACUGGUGGACAGGGAAGUGGGAUACUGCCAGGGGAGCGCGUUCAUCGUUGGCUUGCUUCUCAUGCAGAUGCCAGAAGAGGAGGCAUUCUGUGUGUUUGUAAAGCUCAUGCAGGAUUACCGUCUGAGGGAACUGUUCAAACCCAGCAUGGCGGAACUGGGUCUCUGCAUGUACCAGUUUGAAUACAUGAUUCAGGAGCAGCUGCCUGAGCUACACAUUCAUUUCCAGGCCCAGAGUUUCCACACCUCCAUGUAUGCGUCAUCUUGGUUUCUCACCAUCUUUCUCACCUCCUUUCCUCUCCCUGUUGCUACAAGAAUCUUCGACAUAUUUAUGUGUGAGGGUUUGGAGAUAGUGUUCCGUGUUGGCCUGGCCAUCCUUCAGAUGAAUCAAGCGGAGCUCAUCCAGCUAGACAUGGAGGGCAUGUUACAGUACUUUCAGAAAGUCAUCCCUCAUCAGUUGGACAGCGGACCAGACAAAGUGAUCCAAGUUGCCUAUCAAGUCAAAUACAAUGCCAAGAAGAUGAAAAAGUUAGAGAAGGAGUACACUACUAUAAAAACCAAGGAAAUGGAGGAACAGGUAGAGAUAAAGAGACUUCGGACAGAGAACAGGCUGCUGAAGCAGAGGAUAGACACUCUGGAGAAAGAAAGUGCUUCCUUGGCAGAUAGAUUGAUCCAGGGUCAGGUGACGCGAGCCCAGGAGGCCGAGGAGAAUUACCUGGUCAAGCGGGAACUGGCCACAGUGAAACAGCAGAGCGAGGAGGUCAGCGCGCAGCUCAAGCAGGCCCAAGGCACCAUCAAACAGCUUCAGCAGCAGCAGCAGCCUGUGAAGGGGAACCCUCGCUACUCUGAAGAGUCCAUCCUACAGUUGGAGAGAGAGCUGGUCCAGGCUCGACUCAAAGAGGCAGAGUCUCAGUGUGCCCUCAAAGAGAUGCAGGACAAAAUACUUGAAAUCGAGAAGAGGAACACGUCACUGCCAGAUGAGAGUAACGUGGUACGUCUUCAGGAGGAGCUGAUUGCAGUAAAGAUAAGGGAAGCUGAGGCUCUGACAGGACUCAAAGAACUGAGACAGCAAGUCCGAGAUCUAGAGGAGCACUGGCAGAGACCCUGUUUGACCGAGCGUUUCACUCUGCAGAGGCACUUGGCACGUACAGCUGGGCGCUGGAAGGACAGUCCACGGAAAAACUCGACAAAUGAACUUCAGGAUGAGUUAAUGAGCGUGAGGCUACGAGAGGCAGAAGCCCAAGCAGAGCUCCGUGAGACCAGGCAGAGACUGCUGGAAGUGGAGACACAGAACCAAAUCCAUAGCAACCAGUUGCGGCGAGCUGAACAAGAGACGCGCAGUUUGCAUGAACGUCUGCAGAUUUUGAGCACGCAGAAUAAACUGCUGAACUCAGAGCUGCAGGAGUCCAAACGCAAGCAGGCAGAGAUUGAGUGUAAGAAUAAAGAGGAGGUGAUGGCAGUGAGAUUAAGAGAGGCUGAUAACAUGGCUGCCAUGGCUGAACUCCAGCAGCAGAUCUCUGAAUUGGAGAUUCAGAAGGAAGAAGGGAAAGUACAGGGACAACUGAACAACACAGACUCCAACCAGUACAUCCGAGACCUCAAAGACCAGAUCGCAGAGCUCCGAGACGAGAUCCGCUGUUUAAAAGGGCAGAGGGGAAUACCCAACCGCACCAAUUUUGAUAGGAUCCACAUCGUCAAUCACUAUGGAGGGGACGACGAGUCAAAUCAGUCCUCGGACGAUGACGGCGUGAAACUACCGCUUAGCGUGAACCCCUGUCGAGGUGGCGGCCGCAUCACACUCCACCCCCAGCUGGGAGACACGGACAGCGAGGGCGAUGAGGACGGAGAGAGUCUGAGGCUCGAGGUGCCUUCCAACAGCAGCCAUAAGAGCACCACUGUGUGACCACCGACACUAACACACACACACACACACACCAGACUGCAGCCUGCGUGGAAGUCGCACCUGAAAGUUCAUCGUCGCAUCCAGAUCUGAAACUGCCAUCUGCUUCUGUACAACUAGAAAUUCUGAAAUCUUCUGUACAAACUGAGAAUCAGGAUUUUUAUUCACAUCUGCCUUAUUCAUUUUGUUUUUGCCAAAAUGAGCCAGAUGUUUAUAUUCGAACUUGUCUUUGCAAUUGGGCAAGAAAUUCAGUGGCUUGUCCUGCUCCUUAAAGCCACACUGGACUAUACAGACUCCUUUACACCAUGCUAGCAGAGAUGAACAGACUUGAGUGGUAUAGUGUUUUAUGCAUUAUGAUAAAACCUUCUUCUAAUUUUAAUUUUUAUUUUAUCCUUUUUUUUCUUCUUCUUACAGAAUAAUCAAAAUCCCACGGUGUGCAUCCGUGGGUGUCCGUCACAUUAAGGGAUACAUAAUAGGUUUAGGAACACUAUUGCUCAGAUGACCAUUACACAAACCUGCAAAUAAAAUGGAUUAGUGUCAUAUCAACCAACAAUAACAACGUUUUCUAAUCAUAGCAUGAAGUACGUCUAAUGGCCUUUGACUUUAUGUAAAAAAAAAAGCAGCUUGUCUAAGAUCUCUUGUAGAUCUCUACUCGGUUUUUUUUUUGCAUCUACAUUUUGACUUGAAAAUAUGUAUGUAUGUAAUAAAUUUCAUAUCCUGGAUGUACAGUGUACAAUUCAGUCGAAAAGGGACAUAAUCCGUGCUUUUUGGGAGACGUUUGAAUGCAACAUCGUGCUUAUUUCUCAUUUUUUAUUUUAUCUUAUUUUAUGUUCUCACUGUACUGUAUCUGACUCUUGAUUUUAUAACAUGGUUCUUACUAUCAAAGUAUCACACUUUAUUGUUCUUUUGCCUGGAAAGACAUUAUGGAUUUCUUUAUCACAUUGUUUUUUGUUGUUUUGUUUUGUGUUUCUUUUUUUUUUUUUACGGCAUGUUUAAAAAAAGAGCAUGUACCACGUUUUAGCAGUUUCACAAAAGGCAAAUACAAAGCAAGCAGCAGACUCCGUGAAGUCGUCAGUGGAGUAUUUCUGUUUUUGGCGCCUCAUUCGUGUUCAGCACAUUUUGUUGCACCUUUGCACAGAACAUACAGAGAGCUCCAGACAUGUCAGACACUGACACUGACACUGACAGUUGUUUUGGGAUCUCUGCUCUAGCACUUGGGAUUACAGUUGCCAGUAAAUAACGCUGGAUUUACGUCAGUUACAGAAGGUGUGGUUGGUGUGUUACGCCCUCCAUUUCAGGCCAUGGCCCCUUUUAAUACAGAUUAUGUACAAAGGAAAUUCUCAAAUGUGUAUAUGAAAUGUUUUUUUCUUUUUUCUUACAAAGCCAGGGCAAAAUGGAUAAUGAAGUGCCACCCAGUUACCAUAUAGCUACUUUGCUGUACAAUGUUUUCCCCUUCAUUUUAGAAAAUAUUCUGCUGCUACUCUUGGUGAAGAAACAAAUCCGAUCUCCAUAGCUCCAUGACACUAAUGUCCACCAUGGAUGGUUCAUUUUUUUUCUUUCUUUCCUUUUUCUUUUUAAUUUAAACUUCACCACAGGUUUAUCCAUCCACACCAUGUUCUAAACCUGACUGCCUCCUUUGUAGCACUUUGCUUUAGCAAAUUUACAACCCAUGCUUUGGUUCUCGAGACUUUUUUGUGCUUUAAAUAGUUGUACAAUCGAAGGUCCUUGCAAGUGUUUUUUUUUUUUUUUCUGCAUGUGGUGAGUUGUCACAUCUCUACUUACACUAGUGGUUUUCUUUUUAGUCAUGCAAUAAACAAAUAAUUCUGGCAA